CGGGGCGGGAGCGCAGUGGAACCCAGCGCAGGGCCGCGCCGCCCUGGCCGCGCUUUGUCGUCUCGGCGCCACCGGGUCCCGGCCGCAGCAGCCCGGGCCCAACGAGCAGGAUGUCUCAGGAGAGUCUCCUCGGGAUGGACGAGGGAGCGCUGCGGAAGCUGCUGGAGGCCACACUGGACCUGGCUGAGCGGCGCCGCAUCCGCUCGGCUAUCCGGGAGCUGCAGCGGCAGGAAUUGCAGCGAGACGAGGAGACGUUGGCAUCCAAGCGCUUCCGCCCAGAACGCAGCAGCCACCAACAGGACAACAAGGAGAACUGGCCACAGUCCCAGCGCCUGGAAGAGGAGCAGCAGGCAGCUCUGGCUGCCUUGUCUGAGCAGCUCGAAGCCAUCACCAGCGUGGAAGAACUGACAAAACUGCUGCGGGCAGCGGGUGAGUAUGAGGAGCGCAAGCUGAUCCGAGCUGCCAUCCGUAAGCUGCGGGCUGAGGAGAUUGAAGCUGCGACCCUGGCUGGGAAUGUGCAGAGCAGCCGAAGGGAUGGCACCAAGCCCCCCACGGUGCCUGGGGAAAUGAAAAUUUUCCAGAGGGACAAUGCUGAAACACCAGCCUUUACUGGGAGUGAAAAAAGCUGUGGUGAGGACAGCACCAAGCCUCCAGGCACAGACAAGAGCGGGGAGAGCAGCCAGCAGGACGAUGCAGAGCCACCACUGGCUGGGCCAGAGGAGAGUGGGUAUGGGGAAGCUGUGAAGCAGGCCCCUACCCAGCAGCCCAAAGGCUCAGUGACCUGCAAGCGAGAGGUUGUGGUGGAGCAGGAGCAUGUCCCAGCCGGGACGCAGGAGCUGUGCAGCCAGCAAGCAGGAGACCCCCAGAAACCUGGUGUUCAGGCUGUGGCUUCGGGGACCCUCGUGCUCCUGGAGCUGCAGCCAGCCCCAGAGCCCAGUCCAGAGCCUGAGGAUGAUGGUGAGGACCUGCAGCAGGGUCAGCCCCAGGCAGCCUGGAAGGAAGGGAACCUGGGCAGCGCCCCAGAGCCCAGUGUGGCACAAAGCCCCAGAGGGGAGCAAUUCAUCCCGGGCCAGCCCAGUGCUGGCAGCCAGCUUCAUGUUGCGGUACACUGCCAGGUGCUGGGGCCAGGUGGGAGACAUGAGAGGCCAUCAGUGGCAUCAGUGCCCACCCAGGAGGUCAUGGGGACCCCAGCUCGCCUGAAUACUCACCGGUGGGAGCUGGUGCCUUCCUCUCUAGCUGGCCCCACGGAGCAGCGCCCGGCCCCGCGCCCCGCCGGCUCCCGCCUCGACGCCAUGAAGACCUUCUUCACCAUCGAGAUCAAGGAUGGGCGCGUGCAGCCCCUGGCGCCCCGCAUCACGGCCACCCCCGGCAGCCAGCGGGCAGAGGUGACUCUGGAUCUGCGAAAUGCCCCCAUCCGUAUCACCACCAUCCCCAGCAGUGUCAGCAGCAUCUGCAACAUCAGCAGUGUCAGCAGCAAUGUCACCAAGGACCCUUGCGCUCACUUUGAGGGCACUGAGGAGCCCAGUGUCCCUGUGGCCCAUCCACCCACUUUCUCCAGUACGCGCCAGCAAUCAACCGUGCAUCUCUCCCGAAGCAACAGCAGCAUGGAGCCAGAGGUGGUGGAGCAGCAGCAGGCACCAAGGCGAGAACCAGAGCUGCCCAACGGCAUGGAGAAGGUGCAAGUGAGGGAGGUGGAGAGAAGGAGCAAGCUGAAUGUCGAGGAGCUGAGCAAGAUUGAGGAUGAGGAUAUUCUGGAUAAGAUGUUGGAUCGGACAGCAGACUUUGAGGAACGACGGCUGAUUCGAAAUGCCAUGCGGGAGCUGCGCCAGCGCAAGCGAGACCAGCGGGAGAAGGAGCGGGACCAGCGGCUGCAGGAGGCUAAGAGCCAAUCUGUGACAGGAAGGGCUGGCCAUGCCACAGAGACCACCACCACGCAGAGCACUCAGUCAGCCGAUGGCUCGGCAUGCAGCACUGUCACCAAGACUGAGCGUCUUAUCCACUCUAGUGAUGGCAGCAAGACCUCCCAUACCACAACCAUGGAGUCAAGUUAUGUGAAGAGAUCAGACAAUGGCAACAGCACUUUCGUUCAAACUAAAUCAUCCUACAGCUCCUCAUCCAAAAAGACAGGCAGCAUUUUUGACCGUGAAGAUGAGAGUGCUUCUCGGCAGAGCAGCCUGGCCGCGCUGGAGCGGCGUCAGGCAGAGAAGAAGAAGGAACUGAUGAAGGCUCAGAGCCUGCCCAAGACAUCGGCCUCUCAGGCACGCAAGGCCAUGAUGGAGAAGCUGCAGAAGGAGGGUGGGAGUUCAAACCCUGCUGCAUCACAGACCACUGUGCAGCGCUCCUCCAGCUUUGGCGUGCCUAACGCCAACAGUAUCAAGCAGAUGUUGCUGGACUGGUGCAGAGCCAAGACCCGGGGCUAUGAGCACGUGGACAUCCAGAACUUCUCAUCCAGCUGGAGUGAUGGCAUGGCCUUCUGUGCCUUGGUCCACAAUUUCUUCCCUGAUGCAUUUGACUACAGUAAGCUGACGCCCCAGAACCGCCGCCAAAACUUCGAGGUGGCCUUCUCUUCUGCAGAGAAGCACGCGGACUGUCCACAGUUGCUGGACGUGGAGGACAUGGUCCGGAUGCGCGAGCCAGAUUGGAAGUGUGUGUACACAUACAUUCAGGAAUUCUAUCGCUGCCUGGUCCAGAAGGGGCUGGUAAAAACCAAAAAGUCGUAGCCCAUUGUCAGCCCCCCCAGGACUGAUGGUGAGAACCUUCCCCUCCAGGAUGCUGGUGGACUGCGUACCGCUGGUGGAGGUUGAAGACAUGAUGAUCAUGGGAAAGAAGCCUGACGCCAAGUGCGUCUUCACCUACGUGCAGUCCCUCUAUAACCACCUGCGUCGCCAUGAGUUGCGCAUGCGGCAGAAGGAGUGCUAGAGCCUGCCCUUUCCACCCCCACUGCUGCCCUCACCCCAGAGCUGCCUGUGGGCAAGGGAGCUGCUUGCCUGGGAGGGUCUGGGGGGUCAUGGGUCUGGCACUGGGGACAGGAGAACUCUUCCCCCAGGGCACCCCCACACCUCUGCCUUGGCAGAGCUGCUUCUGCCUCGGCCAGCUGUGGGCUGACCCUGUGGGCAGAGCCAGGUGGGCACUGCUGGGGAUGCUCCCACAUUGGCUUGCCCCCCAUACUCCAGCCUUUUAAGUUAUUUGUUCUCCAGGAAUUAUUUGCCCUGCAGGUACCAUCCCUAUGUCCCUGGGGUGGCGCGGGCACAGCUGUGCCCUCAGACUCGGGCCAACUCAUGGGUCUGUGGCUGAGCAGGGCUGUGCAGUUCAGCCAGGGUCAUGGUAUAUCCUGCAGGCAGCACCUGUCACCAGUUCCCUUGGUCCCCUGCAAGGAAGACUCUCUGCCCACCGCAGGCCCUAGUGUCACCUCCCUGGGGACAGCUCCACAACCGUGCCAACUCCCAGCUUCCCACCUUCACGUGCACCUGAGGCACUUCCACAUUAGGGGCACCUGUGGGCUGGGGAGGCGGUAGCAGCAAGGGGUCCCAGGGGAGUGCAAGGUGAACAGUGCAAGCUGGGACAACUGCCCCCACUCUCCUCUCCAGCUCAGGCCACCCAUGUGCGCAGCGCUGCUUGCCCUUCUGUCACAUCUCUACACCCGCGCUGACACAUGUACCAACACCAGCCAGAUAAUAAAGGUUUAUCUAGGGCAAUGCCUCUGGUUCAGGUC